AUGGAAGCCACCAGGAAGCAGGUGACUGAGGAAUAUGUCAGUGUUACUUUUGAAGAUCAACAAAAGGUAAACAGAUUUGCAUGGAAUACAAGUAGAAUCACAGAGCUGAAGGACGAAAUAGAAGUAAAAAAACAACUCCAAAAUUUAGAAGAUGCUUGUGAGGACAUUAUGCUUGCCAAUAACGACUACUUAAUGAUACCUUACCGGAUUGGUGAUGUUUUCAUUAGCCACUCUCAAGAAGAAACUCAAGAAUUGUUAGAAGAAGCAAAGAAAAAUUUGCAAGAAGAAAUUGAUGCCUUAGAAUCCAGAGUGGAAUCAAUUCAGUGA